CGUGCCGAUGCCUGCUCAAAAACCAGCGGAGACGGCAACAAACCUUUUAACAAAAGGAUUCAGGAGAGUGGAUUCCCUGUUGGAAUCUGCAUCCCGCUCUUACAUAAUACAUCCACGGAUGUAGAAGCAGGACAGAAAAUGAAGCCAGCGCUUCUUUAACUGUGAGCGGAGGUGAUCGGUCCUGCGCAGGCCUGGUUCAUCUCAAAUGAGCCUCCAGUUUAUUUUAAAGAACAGAACAAAUGCGGGCACUAUGGAUGAAGAGGAACGUUGUCAGCAGCACGACACUGAAAGUGUUCGUUUUAAAGACAACCCGGACAGUAAACCGCUGGGAGUCCAUCAGCAGCUGGAUGUGAAGCAGACAGAUGAUAUCUCACAACUGUUGGCAAUUAAAGAGGUUCCCCCUGAAUGGAGCCCCACCUCAGCUCCGCAAGACCCAGAGGUCAUCCAAAUAAAAGAGGAGCAGGAGGAGCUCUGGACCAGUCAGGUGGGAGAGCAGCUAAAUGGGGUGCAGGUGGCGGAUAUCUCCAGGUUUCCAGGCCAUACUGUCAGUGUGAAACAUGAAGACAGUGACGAGAAAUCCGAGUAUUCACAAACUUCUCAAAGAAAACCUAAAUGCAACAGAGAAGCAGAGGCUUUAAAUGCCCCUCCAGCUAAAGGAAUAAAAAUGGAAACUGAUGGUGAUGACUGUGGAGGACCGGAAUCAGCUAGAAGUCCAGAUCAAGAUAUUUAUGUACAUCCAAAUGGUGAUGAAAAGGCUUCCAGCUUAUCUGAGACUGAAGUCAGUAUUAAGGAUGAUGAUGAUGACUAUUAUUGGCAGGAGCCUUUAUCAGACUCUGGACCUUACACUGAAGACAGUGACAGUGACUGGAAGGAAACCAGGACACCUGAAUUAGGUGUAGAUAGUGACAAAGGACAAGACAGUUCUAAAGUAUCUGAAUGUAAUAAAACUUUUCUUUGCAAACAGUCACUUCAGGGAGAGAGGGGAAGAAUGUCUUCCUCUGGUUUGGCUAAAAAGAAAUGCUUUACAGUAUCACAAAAUGAUGAUUCAUCAGUGGCAGUACGCACCGGAGAGAAACCAUUUGGCUGUGACGUUUGUGGACAAAGGUUCAACCAAAAAACACAUCUAAACACUCACAUGAGAAUUCACACGGGAGAGAAACCCUUCUGUUGUGAUUUUUGUGGACAGCGCUUUAACCAGAAAACACAUCUUAAGAUCCACAUGAGAAUUCACACGGGAGAGAAACCUUUUGGUUGUGAUAAUUGUGGCAAAAGAUUUAGACACCAAUGCACUCUCAAAAUACACAUGGCAGCUCACACUGGGGAGAAACCAUUUACCUGUGACGACUGUGGUAAAAGAUUCAGCCAUCAGAAAAUUCUAAAGGCGCACAUGACAAUUCACACAGGAGAGAAACCAUUUCACUGUGAUGAAUGCGGUAAAAGUUUUAGCCAACAGGGAAUUCUGAAGGCACAUAUGACAGUGCACACAGGAGAGAAACCAUUUGGUUGCAGUAGAUGUGAUAAAAAGUUUAGACUACAUAGUGAUCUCACAGCGCAUAUGAGAGUCCACACAGGAGAGAAACCAUUUAGUUGUGAUAAGUGUGGUAAAAGAUUUAGCCAAAAGGGAUGUCUGCAGAGACACCUUAGACUCCACACAGGAGAAAAGCCGUUUAGUUGUGAUGACUGCGGAAAACAAUUUAAGCGAAAGACACACCUUAAAGCACACAUGACAGUUCACACAGGAGAGAAACCAUUUGGCUGUAAUGUCUGCGGUGUAACAUUUUCACGACAGGGAACCCUGAAGAGACACAUGAGGGUCCACACGCGAUAGAAACUAAAGUAACAGGGUUUUGUCCAAAAUAUUUGUAAAGUGUGUUGAUGCAGAUGAGAGCAGUGGAUUUCCUUUAUGGCACCGUGAUAACUGAGAGUGUAGGUUGAUACCUCUCAGACAGGUCUACUGUAUUGCACUGUCUCUCUUCUGAAGCUUAAACAAAAAUGCAUAAGGGAGAAAUAUCCUAGAGAAUGAUGAGGUAAAUGAUGAUGCUGACAAAAUGUUGACAUCCAUGGAAAGAAGUAAAUUCUCCCCAGUCACGUGUGAUGGUAGAGUGAAACAACUUUUACAAGUUAAGAAUGCAUUGCUCAAAAAGCUAAAGAAAUACUUUUUAAUCAGAGUAUAGAAUCAAGUCCGUUAAACCACUGGGAUAUUAACCCGGUCAGUCAAGUAGCAGAGGGGGUUAUUAGUCAGUGUUAAUGAAAUUAACAACAGGUGCACCAGGAGGGCGAU